AAAUAAUGGUUUUGUGGGGAAGUGUCGUCACUCCCAUUUGCUAAUGGCUUCCAUUAUUUGGGCUUUGCUGGGCGUCAUCCCUCGAAACCUGGGGGAGGUGGAUCCUGUCCUGUUUACCUUACGUAGCCCUCCAGCGCUGUUCCUGGUGAAUGCACAAUGCCCUCCUAGGUACCUACCUACCUACCUACCUACAUUUGUGUUCCAACUGCCCGCAAUCAAUCCUCACCAAGUUUCUUUCCUUCUUUCCUUCCCGUCAUCGUGAAGGAUUGGUUUGAUUCGCAACAUUUCUUGCCAUCCUAUCCCCUUUACCUCACCCAUCGCCAUUCUCAUGCUCACUCCUCAAAACCUCGGAUACCUUUGCUUUUAAAGAUAUUCUUACAAACUCGUAUAUA